GAACUUGGCGCACAGGUUUUAUUACAACAUCGAGCCGUUUUCAGGUCAGGUAUUGAGCUUCUCACUAAGACCUCGUCCGUCAGAGAAAUGAGUUCUGUGCAGGAGGUAAACCCCAGCGUGCGGAGGAUCAGAGCCGCAACGGGCCUGCAGAGUCUGGCUGCACGCAUCGCAGAGGAGAUCACACAGGGAACACAGAAACCCUUCCAGAAGGUGAUUGAUGUCAGUUCAGGGGAUCCCCACAGGGCAGGGAUGCCUCCCACCUCAUUUGUUCGCCAGGUCUUGGCAGUGUGCUUGUACCCUGAGCUCCUCAAAGAAAAUAGCCUUCCUCUGGAUGCCAGGCAGAGGGCACUGGAGCUUCUGGGGGCCUGUUCUGGAGGGAGCGUGGGUUCAUACUCUAUAAGCUCCUGUGGUGCUCCACAUGUCCAGAAAAGUGUUGCUGACUUCAUCACGAGGCGAGAUGGUGGAGUGAGUUCACACCCAGAAGACAUCAUCUUCUCUAGCGGUUCUCAGAAGACUUUGUCGAUGGUUUUGCACCUGAUGGCCAGUGGGGAGGGGGAGACUCAGACAGGCGUGUUGACCCCCAUGCCCUGUCCAGACACCUUGCCCACACUGCUAGAUAUGUCCGGGGUGACAGUGGUGCCGUACCAGCUGAUGGAGGACCGAGGCUGGGCUGUAGACCUGGGCGAGCUGCACCGAGCUUUAAAGACUGCUAGAGGGCGCUGCAAACCUAGAGCCAUUUACAUCAGCAACCCAGGAAACCCCACAGGUCAUGUGCAAGACAGGAAAACAAUAGAGGAAGUGAUUCGUUUUGCUGCAACUGAGGGCCUCGUCAUACUGGCUGAAGAGGUGUACCAGGACAGCGUGUAUGGACAGGACAAAGAGUUUAUUUCCUAUAAGAAAGUCCUGUUUGAGAUGGACAAAAAGUACUCAGAGACAGUGGAGUUGAUCUCCUUCAACUCUUUAUCCAACGCCUACAUGGGAGAGUGUGGUCUGAGAGGAGGGUAUAUGGAGCUAAUUAACAUGGACCCAGCAGUCAAUAAUUAUUUAAGAAAUAUGCAGGCCACUUCCAGCCCUCCAGUUUUGCCACAGCUCGCUCUGGAGGUCAUGGUCAAUCCACCCUCACCUGGACAUCCUUCCUAUAAAACAUACACACAGGAGAUUCUUCACACUCUGACAACUCUGUCCCAGAAUGCUCAGCGUGCUUGUGAGUUCCUGAAUGAUCUACCAGGGAUGAACUGCCAGCCAGCGAUGGCGGGAGUCUUUCUUUAUCCCUGUCUGCAUUUACCACCUCAGAUGAUAGAGGAGGCCAAGAUGUUAGGAGUGGAGGCAGAUGUGCUUUACUGUCAGAGGUUACUGGAAGAGGAAGGUUUGUGUUUGGGAGCGGGCUGUGAGAACGGACAAAAAGAUCAAAACUACCACAUCCGGCUGUGUGUUUUGGCUCCUCCUGCCACCCUGGAGGAGGUCUUGGCACGCCUGCAUUCUUUCCACCUGCGCCUGCUGGACAGAUUUCCCUGACAGAAAUGUCAAGGACACAGACGUUUGGGAAAAAUACAAAAGCAUGGUUACUUCCCACUUCAAUUCCUUUAAUAAGAACUAAUUCAAUCCUUGACAACAUAAUGUAGCCAUACAAAAACAAAUUUUAAGACUGUAUAAUAACUUGUGAAAUUGAAGAUGAAAACAACAAAACAAAUACUACAGACAUAUAUUACAUCAGACAUUGCAAAUAAGUAGCUGCAGUGCAAUGUAUUUAAUUGCUCACUUUAACAUUCAGAACUAGAAAUAUUCAGAUCCUUUUCUUAAAGGACCAGUGUGUAACAUUUAGGUGGAUCUAUUGGCACCUGAAAAUAAGAAUCAUUGUGUUUUCAUUACCUUAAAAUAUGCCAUUUAUAACUACGGGGCCCCCUCCAUCAAGGCCACCAUGUUGCAUUGCCAUGUUUCUACAGUAGCCCAGAAUGGACAAACCAAACACUGGCUCUAGAUAGAGCCGGCUCUUCAUCGGAGGUGGAGAAGUUACUGUGACAGGAUGCAGGCCUUGCCACACUAACCACUGGUCCUCAUUAUGAAGCCUCUCCUCUUGGAAAACUGAAACCUACUGCAUAAAUCUCACCCUUGUGUGUCUUAUUGUCGACACGAAUGUUAACUCCACCACCUCCAAUAAAGUGCAGUGUGCAGCCUCUUCCCUAAGCUUUUCAGUGGGAAGCACACUGGAUUUAAGUGUGACAAAACUAGUUACAAUGUAGCAGUCAUUGUUGUCUUCACACUCGAAUUUACGAUCAAACUUAUGUUUAGCUCGUGCAACAGGCUGCUGAAAUUUAGUUCCAGGAACUCGUCUUGCAGUGGAAAAGGGCUUUUAAUAGACUGGGGAAAAAGUGAAAAUGGCUCAAUUGCAGGAAAUUUUCGUAGUUUCUGUAAAGGUUUCUCUGUCUGUCGACUGUGGACGACACAUGAGUUAAACUAAUGAAGAACUAAUUAAUUAAUUAGCGCUAACCAUUUUUAUUAAGCCUUUACUUCAUCACAGUUCAUUUAAAGGUUGGUUUGCUAUGAUGUAACUAAUACUAAUUAAGUAUUAUUGUGACUGUUCACUUGUGUGUGUGUCACCCCCCCCACACACACACACACACACAUCUCAAUAAAAACACAUAGGAUAUAAGACAAUACAUAAUUAAAAUGCUAAAAAAAAGUUCUGCAUUGUGGAUUCUUUUUCUCCGCUUUUCUUCAGGUCCAGCACCAAAUGCUCCAUUAAAUUAUAGUAACAUUGA